AUUGACGUCACAGUUGUUUAGAAAUGGCCGAGUAGGAAAUAGGAGCCAGUGCGCUGAAAUUUUCGAUUGGUACAUUUAAAAGUUGGUAAUUGAGUCAUUUGAGGCUGUAUUUAGCUUGAAUUGCCGAACAUUUUUUGUAACAUAGAGAAUGGAAGAAGAUCCAAAGAAAAAAGAUCGUAAGAGGCAAAAGAAGAUGGACAGUAAACCUGAUAGUAGGAAACCUUCAGUUUCAGUAGAAAGUCAGCAGCAGUCAGCAGCAGUUGAGAAUGAAACAGGAAAACCUAUUGUUACACCACCACAAGAAGAAUUUCCAACUGAAAUUAAAAGGGAAGAGCCAAAAACUGAAACCAAAAGAACAGUUGAAGUUGAAAAAAGAGAAUAUCAAACAACAGAAUUUACGAUGGUUGAUCCAAAGGAAUAUGGCAUUGAAAUUGAGGAAGAAGAAUUUAAAUUUGAACCGCCACAAAGAGAUGACACAUUACCAGACCUACGUAGACUGAUGGACUCAUUAGAGGAUGGCCAAACUGACUUGGAGGCAAAAGACGACCCUCCAGCACUUUUUACAGGACCAACACACAUUCCAAGUUAUACUAAGAUUUCAGAAUUAAAACUGCAGAUUGAGAAGUCUGAGUUAGAUCCAUAUCUCGAUCAUUUUGAAGAAGGUGUUAAAGAUGAAGUAGUUAUGCUAGGUCAGAUUUCUCUUGAAGAAGUCCAAGAAGAAGAAAAAAGACUCCGAGAUGAACAUAUUGAAUACCUUGAUCAAGAGGCCAAAAGAAAACGAGACCUUCAAGAGGAGGUGUUACAACGUGAAGAAGAAGCAAAGAAAAGAUUAGCUUUACUUACUAAACAGAAGAGAGAUGACAUCGCUAGGAGAGAGGAGAUACUGAGACAAAAGGAGAAAUUGUUGAUGGACAGACUACACAGAGCUUAUAGAAGAGCUGAAAGUCAACUUAUCAGUACACUAGAGAGUCGUAAAGGGGAAGUCAAAACAUUUUAUGGUGAUUUAAUGCUGGCAGAUGGCACUUAUGGUGGAAGUAAAGGUCGAAGGUGGAAGGUUGACUGGGACAAAACCCCACAACCUAUUCAAGUUAAACUAAAAUGUCUGAGAGGUGUAAGAGAGAAGCUUCCCGGUGGAAGGUAUGUGUUAAUGGUUUCCCUUUACAACAGACUUGGAGGUCAUGUGUUAAGAUGGUCAAAGUUGAAAGGCCAGAUGUGGGGAGCUGCAACACUUCCCAUAGAUCAUGAUGGACAAUUCUAUAAUGUGGAAAUGAAGAUGGACCAGAGUGUUUUUACAGUUCUUCCCGCUAAAGCAUCACUGAGACCUGGUAUGGUACUGACCUUUGAACUUUUCCUGUUAAGAGGAUCUGUAGUAGCAAAAGACAGAGUUGUUGCAUGGGGCUCAUUUCCAAUCUGUGAUGGCCAAUUUGAUGUGAUAGAGGGAAAGUAUAGAUGUCCAAUGUUGCGUGGAGAAAUGGAUCCCAUAUUAGACAAACAUGACAAAAUAGAAGAACUAAUGGCAUCAGAUCUGGACCACUGGAUGUCUAAUCUCUACUUUGAAAUUAUAAAGCUUCCUAGAUAUUUGGCAGGACAAAAAGAACAUGAAGUUGAAUUACAUUUUACGUCUGGGUUGCUAGGCUACCCUGAUCGAGUGAGAUCAGCUGAGGAGUAUAGAGAUGGAGAGAAACCACUUCCGGGUUCAAUAUCUACCAUGGCUUCUGAUGAUGGAUCAUCAACAAGUUUAAGUCCAACAGACUCAGGAACUAUUGAAGUGAGAUCCGAAGCAACAACUUCCAAAGUAAAACUGGCAGAUAAAAACAAGAGUAAAGAGGCUCAAGCAACUACAUAUGGUUCUCGCAUCAUACACAAAGACAAGAAACUAAACAUGGCUAUUGGUGAUAGUUCCGAUGAGAGUGAUGAUGAACUGGCUGACCUAGCCAUUAGAAAAGAGGAAGAUUUUAAUCCUGUAAAGGGCAUGCCUGGCAUGUAUUACAAGCAAUACAACAGCAAACCUGUUGAUAUUUAUCACAAGAAAUUGUAUUCAAUGCUGCCUAAAACUCCAUUACUGGCUCCAAACAUGAAGAAGAAGAAAUUGACACAUGUUGAAGAAUUAGAGGAGCAUUCUUUUGCAGUUCAACCAGCUUUUGCUGGAAAAGGUAGAUUGGCUAGAGGCAGCCAUGAGAAGCUACAGUAUGUUGGUCGUCAGUUCCUAGCAGAACUUGGAUUAUCACAGUGGAGAAGUAGAGAAUUCUGGGGCAUGCUGUUGAUGUUUAUUAUUGUGUUUUUCCUCAGAAUGUACAUGCAUUAUAUUGGACAGUGGUUAUUCCUUAAUGCUAUCAGUAUACCAAUCAAUAAGUUCAACUUUUUGCCAUACACUGUGGAACUGAACUAUCAAAGUAACCUGAUGAAGACCAGAGAAGAGAUAGCAGUUGUAUGGUUAGGUCCAAUUAUGAACAUUGUUAUUUUCGUUUUGUUGGUGAUAUUUUGUUGGAUAUCUCAGAAAUUGUUUGGACUUUUCCCAGACAUUGGUUGUAAAUUCACCGUGGCUUAUGGACUUAUGACUCUGCUGGAUCCACUCUUUAUAAUGAUUGUGGAUUGUAUUUUGAAGCGAUACAUUGAUGAUGCAGUAAACCCAGAGGCAGACUUCAUGAAGCUUUACUGGCACUUUGAAAGAGCAGAAGGUUCAGGUCUGGCAGGCAUAUUUGUAACCUCAUUCCUGUACUUAUUUACCAUGUUCAUGACAGCCUCUAUUAUCUACAUGUACUUCCUAAGGCUGCACAACAAUGGAAGAAUGUUAGAUGUUUACUGGCGUCUACAUGGGGCUGAGGAUAACUUCUUCAACCCUUAUGACCUUGAAGUAUCCAAUCAGGAACUGAACUUUAUUGUUAAAAAGUCUGAGGCAUGGAGAGGAGAGGAAGGGGAGAGACGAAAAACUGCUGUAUAUGAUUAUAUCUGGGAAGAGGAAGAUGUUGAAGAGAGUAUUUGGGAUGAGCAAGGUGUGGAACACCGUGAAGUAAUACAUGGUCGAAAGGAGAUUACAACACAUGUCUCUAUCCAUACAAUACAUCUGGAUGGUCUGAGAGAACUAUACAGACAUUUCCUCAGACUACCUGAUGGUGGUGUUGUAGAGAUAUUUGGUGAUAUAGCAAUACCUGGCAUGGACAAGGAUAUAAAAUUUGCAUUGGAAAAAGGAGCAAAAAGGAUUGAGAACCUAGGAUCACAGACCAGCUUGCACAGGAUUCGUGGAUGUCACACAUCAAUGUCUAAAAGUGGAUUUGCAGCGCCAGAUUCACCAACAUCCAGCAGUCCAGGAUCCAUCAGAAAAAAGAAAAUGGCUUGAUGUUUUAUUGUACAAUUCAUUUCUCUCAAGUGUGACUGAAGAAAUAUUGUCACAUUGUGUUUAAUACUUUGAUACUUAUCUUUUGGCAUAUUGUAUUAUUUCCACUCUUACCUCUUGGCACAAUGCAUUAUUUUUAUCCUUACCUGAAGAUGUGCAGGAAGUUGAAUUUUUUUGACUAAACAGUGAAGUUUGUAGGAAAUUUACAUUUUAUUUAAGAAGUUAACAGCAGAGAUUAGUAACUUUGACAACUCUCUAUUAUUUUAAUAUUACUCCAACUCACGGAUUUCUGCAAUGCCUUUGACAACUCUCUAUUAUUAUUAUUAUUAUACUCCAACUCACGGAUUUCUCCAAUUACCUUGUCAGUCAGUUCAUCUUUCAGCACAUACAUUUGUCUGUUCACAAAUUUGCCAGCAUUGAGGAAUGAUAUUUGGUCGUGAUCAAUUUUCAGAUCUGCUUGGUAGUUACUUCCUGUUUGAUGAUUAUUUGAAUUCUUAUUUUACCAACUGAGUACUGAAUUUUUCUUCUAUGCCUAAUAGUUAUACUUUACAUGACAUCAUAUCAUGUGCAACUUGUUUAUAUUUUGAAAUUUCUUUUACUUCAGUAUUAAUCAAAUAUUUGAGAACAAAUCCAAAGCUACCGUCUUCUUACUUAUACUUGUCAUUCUCAAUACUUGCUUUUCUGUUGUUUCUAUUGUUUAACUUCUUAACAUGCCAUACAUUAUAAAUUUAUAAAUUAGUUGUCUUUUUCAAUGUACACUAUAGUAAGAGAAGAAAAAAGUUUAGAAAAUUUGUAAUUGAAAAAAUUAAAAAGGAAAACAUUGUGUAAUUUUUAAAUCAAUCUUCUAUCAAUUAUCAUUUGUUCUGUUUUCAUUUUUGUAUGUUUACUUUAUGUGUAUCACAUAGAACAAUGAUUUUCACUACUUGUAGUUUGAAAACAAGUAGUUUUAAUAUAAUUUUGAAAAAAGUAUGAUUUAAUCUAAAAGUCUAAAAAUAUUAUACCAUAAUUUUUUGGUUUUAUACUAAUUUUACAUUAAUGAACAUACAUGUAUUAAGAAAUAUACAUAUAAAUUACAAAGAACAGUUUUUUUCUCUCUAAAUGUUAGGAAGGGUUAUCUAAUUUUCCAGUUCUUGAAAUAAAAUUGUUAUGAACUUUGAAGAAUAAAGUAAGCCUAUACAAACUUCAAGCACAGGAAUAAUUAUACAUGUACUAUAUAUAUAUAGAACUAUUUAUCACACUAGAAGUUUUUUAGUUGUUUUUAUAUUUUUAUGUUAUAUCUUUAAAUUCAUAUAAGUAUGCAUAUAUCAAUUCCGUCCAAUAUUUUUAUAUGACCGCAAAAAUUUUGGGUUCGUAUAAUGCUAUGAUAUUGUCGUCGGCUUUGUCGUCUGCGUUGUCGUCAUCCGAAGACACAUUUGGUUUCUGGACAAUAACUUUAAUUAAAGUGAAUGGAUCUCUAUGAAAUUUCACAAGAAGGUCCAUUACAACAAAAGGAAGGGUGGGAUUUAUUUUGGGGGUGAUGGUACCAACAGUUUAGGAAUUAGGGGGCCAAAAAGGGGCCAAAAACAAUCAUUUUUAUACGCCCGUUUACGGGACGUAUUAUGGUAUACCUCUGUCCGUCCGUCUGUCCGUCCGUCCGUCGUCAACAUGUCGGACAUUAAUUCAAAAACACUUUAACCAAUAUGCAUGAAACUUUUUAGUGAAUUGUUCAUAUCUAUUGACCUGAGCUCCCUUUCGUUUUUUAUAAAUUUCGGAUUUACCGUUUUUGAGUUUUGGGGUUUUAAUCAUUAAAAAAAAGGGGUGAUUUUCCAGUUUUCAGACAAUAACUCAAAAAAUAUAUCACCAAUUCGCAUGAAACUUUUAUGAAUUGUUCAUAUCUAUUGACUUGAGCUCCCUUUUGUUUUUUAUAAAUUUCGGAUUUACCGUUUUUGAGUUUUGGGGUUUUAUUCAUUAAAAAAGGGGGGAUUUUCCAGUUUUCGGACAAUAACUCAAAAACAAUUUCACCAAUUUGCAAGAAACUUUGGUGAAUUGUUUAUUUCUAUCGACAUGAGCUCCCUUUUGAUCUUUAUGAAUUUCAGAUAAUACGUUUCCGAUUUAUGGGGUUUUAUUCAUUACAAAAAGGGGGAUUUUCCAGUUUUCAGACAAUAACUCAAAAAUGCUUUCAGCAUUUUUUAUGAAACUUUUAUAAAUUGUUUAUAUCUAUUUUUGUAAGCUCCCUUUUGAUUUUUAUAAAUUUUUGAUUUUGCGUUUCCAAGUUAUAAGAUUUUAUUUGUUUAUAGUCUGACAACAGAUUUACUAAGUAUUGCGCAACAGCACAGUGUAUUGCACAACAGCAAGAAAUCUUUCAUAUAACCAAUUUCAAGUUCUUUGACUACAUUUAUUCAGAAACCUAUAAUAUAUCAAAUAUUUAAUUACAAUCCAAAUUCAGACCUGUAUCAAGCUUGAAUAUUGUGUCCAUUUUUGCCCCAACUGUUCAGGGUUGGACCUCUGCGGGCGUAUCCAGCUGCGCUCAGCGAAGCAGUUUAUUGUAGUUUCCAGACAAUACCUUGUGUGUAAGUGUAUGGAUCUCUCUGAAAUUGUACCACAAGGUUCCAUAUCACUAAGGGAAGGCUGAGAUUGAGUAUGGGGGUAAUUGCACCAAACAUGCAGGAAUUAGGGUCCAAAUAGGGUCCAAAAACAAGCAUUUUUGUAGUUCCAGACAAUAACUUGUGUUUAAGUGUAUGGAUCUCUCUAAAAUUGUAUUAAAAGGUUCCAUACUACAAAGGGAAGGCAGGGAUUGAGUUUGGGGGUAAUUACUCCAAGGGAGGUCAAAAAGAUUGGGGGGGGGGAUUUUUUUUCUCCAAUUUUUUUGGGGGGUUCAUAUUUUUUUUCUUCAAAAUUUUUGAAAUUUCAAAUGUUUUGAAAAGUUUCAAGAAGAAAUCUUCAAUUUUGCAGUAUUGCGCAAUAGAUUUUUAAGAUCUUUGACCUCAUUUAUUUUGUGUCUGAAACCUAUAUUAUGUCAAAAAUUUGAUCACAAUCCAAAUUCAGACAGUAUCAAGAUUGAAUAUUGUGUCCAAACUUGCCCCAACUGUUCAGGGUUCGACCUCUGCGGUCAUAUCAGGAUGCGCUCAGCGAAGCAUUUUAUUUGUAAAAGUGAUUGUGUAUGACAAUUGUAAAUUUAUUAAUUUGCCCAAAAAUUAGGUACUACUUAUUUCUUUUGAAUUGUUUAUUCUACAACUGAACACAUACUUAAUUAUUUUGGUAAAGUCAAAUGUACAGAUCUAUUUUAUAUGCAACAUGUUUUCCUUUGCUGAUUUACUGUUCAGAUUAAAUCAGUUUACAGCCAAAUUGUAUUGUGGAAUUUAUUGACUUCUUUUAUUAUUGUAAUUUAGUUUAGUACUGUAGAUUCAGAAAUUAUUGCAUGCAUUUAUUAUUGCGAUUUUGUCAUUUUAGACUAAAAUGGGAUUUUAAUUUUUGCGAUAUUGAGAAAAAUCCUGUUUAAUUCAUAUAAAAAAAUUCAAAAUGUGAGUUUAAAUUAUUGUGAUUAUUACCCUGUCGCAUUUUUCGCAAUAAUUUCUGAAUUUACAGUACAUGAAACUUUAAAAUAUUUUUGUUUUUAUUUUAUUUUCUAUUUGGCUAGAAAAGAUGAAUUGUCAGAAAGAAAACGAAUGUAAAGUAAUAAAUUUGUCAAAUUUUUAUGAUUUUUACAUCGCGAUGACCUUGAGGUCAUCCCGAUGUAUUGCUAUCGCCUAGAUUUCCAUUAUGUAAAUUAGUUUUGGGUUUGUAACCGAUCUAUAAACAUGAUAAAUACGCGCACAUGAACGAGUGCAAAAUAACAUUCCUUAUCGUUUGAUAUAAAUACAUCUCUUCAAUGAAUACUGAUAAAAAUAUUUUUGUUUACAACAUAAAUUAAUAAUAUGAAAAUGUUUUGUAGUUAGAUAUAUAUAUAUAUAAGUAAAAAAUCAUUGAUAAUAUCAAUGCACACGUACCGGAAAAUUGUGUUAAAGCAUGCGGAAGAAUAUCUCAAAGAACGUUUUGUGAAAAUACCGUCAAGGACCGGUAACUCUGUAAUUGAUUUUGCGGGAAAAUAUGAAUGCCUACUCGUAUCCAAUCUUAGAAAAAUCGUAUUUUUACAGAAAAGUGUCCACCAUGCACUUGCAUUGCACUAUUUUUAGAAUAGUAGAAUAGAAUGAUAUACAAAUGGAUUCAAAUCAUAUAUAUAUGUAACUGUUAUUUUAAUAUAAUAUAAACAACAACUCAGUGUAUACUGAUUUGUAUCACUACAAUAUAAUAGUUAUUACGGUGAAGUUGAAUUUCCUGUCAUUUAUUCAUCAUCCACGCACGAACUUGUCUCAGAAAAAAAUAUAUCUCUGUACAUUAACCUCAGUUUUAGGUAAAGAGAUAUGUUGUUUUUUUCUGAGACAAGUGCUUUUGACCAUCCUCAAGAACUUGUGGUCAUCCGAUGUUCAGUACUUCAGUACUUUGAUUUUACAAGCUGCUCUUAAUGAGUCUAAGGUCAUUUAAAUUAUUUGGCUGUAGUGUGAUACAACAGAACUAAUAUCAGCAAAUAAAGGGAAAAAAAAUAAAGCAUUUGGCAUACAUGUCCCUCUUUGAAAGAAAAGGUAUUAUAAAGUCAUUUUUUUGCUUCUUUAAUUUGAAAAUCUUAAUAUAUAAUAUGUAUUUUUAGAUCUAUUAAGUAUACUUUUUAGAUGUUAACAAAACUUGGAUCUGACUAAAUUAGUACAUAAUAAUUUAUUUUAAUUUGUUUUACAUUGAAAAGGUACCAUAAAUGCCUAAUAAUGAGAUCUUCCAAGUAACAUUGUGAUAUAAGCGACAGUCUUAUCCAGGAAAAAGGUUUUGCCACAAGGAGUCUUAAACAAAAAUGUUGAUGCAAGUCCAAUAUCUUUUCAGUGGGGACGGGGUACAGGCGUUGCUUAUAUUUUGUUCUUUUAACAAAAUGUUGUCUGUAAGAAUGUAAUAGGUUGUGGAUUAGUCUGCCUUUAUUGAGAAUUUAAAGAUAAGUUUUUAUGGCUAAAUACAGAAUUACACUUCAUAGAUUUUUGUCCAUAUGAAAUGAUUUUCGUAGUAUAAAAUAUAUAAUAAAAAUAAAGUUUCCAUCAGAUACCAGUUACUUUUAUGUAUUUUUUCAUAGCAAUUAAAAUGUAUCAAUAUUUUGAUGUUCCAGGAAUUGUGACAUGCAAAUUAAUUAAAGAUGAUUUAUUAAAGUAAAACAAAGGCUGCUGUGAUAAAAUUAUUGUUGAAUUGUUGAAUUUUUAUUUGUUAAAAGUGUUGUGGACAACAUGCAACCUAAGCUGGACUUAGAGGUUAAUUUGUGAUAAUUUAUUUUAAUUAUUAUAUAGAUUUUAUAGUAUAUUUUAUUAACACAUAUAUUUGUAAUGUUUAUGACCAUUCAUUGAUACCUUUUUUUAUGUACACUGAUUUGUGCAAUAUAAACUUUGCAAUCUUUCACUCACUUAUAAAACAGUUUUACCAUGUUUGAAAAAAAGUUAUCUUUCUUACUAUACAUAUUUUAAACAUAAUCUGAAGAUACAGUGAUUUCAUUCAUGUUUCAUAUUAAAAAAAUUUAAAUUCAUAUUUGGCAGACAACAAAACUUUCAAAAUUUUUAAGGACAAUCGAUGAUAAUGUCAUAUAUUAAAAUGAGUUAAUUUCAAUGAAGUUGAUAAAACUGAUUUAUUCAUGCAAUAAUAUUUUCUUCUCCAUCUGUCAAGCAUUUUAUAUGUAGUGAGUAGAGUUAACAAAUUCUAUGACACAAGGAUACAACACUCCAGUAGUGUUUGCUGCUGGCAGCCUCAAGUUUUUUUUUAUGAAUAAAACAUUAACAAUAA